AUGGCUUACUCACCGGGUUUCCUCGUCGCCAUCCUCGUGUGCGCCUGCGCGCUUAGCGCUCAAGCGGCGCGAGACCUGGCUGAGGAUCGGUCCAUUGUGGCAAGGCACGAGGAGUGGAUGGCCAAGUACGGGCGUGUGUACAACGAUGAUGCUGAGAAAGCAAGGCGGCUCGAGGUGUUCAAGGCCAACGUCGCCUUCAUCGAGUCUGUGAACUCUGGCACUGACAAGUUCUGGCUCGAGGCGAACCAGUUCGCGGAUAUCACCGAAGAUGAGUUCAAGGCUAAAUACACAGGGUAUAAGGCACCGGUGGGUGGUAACAAUGGAAAGACUACAGGGUUUAAGUAUGCGAAUGUCAGCCUCGACGCUCUCCCCACGUCUGUAGACUGGAGAACCAAAGGUGCAGUCACUCCCAUCAAAGACCAAGGCCAAUGUGGUUGUUGUUGGGCCUUCUCCACGGUGGGCUCCGUGGAAGGCAUCGUGAAGCUGAGCACUGGGAAACUGAUCUCCCUGUCGGAGCAGGAGCUCGUGGACUGUGACGUGGACGGCAUGGACCAGGGCUGCGAGGGUGGGCUCAUGGACAAUGCCUUCGAGUUCAUCAUCGACAAUGGUGGCCUCACCACCGAGGGAAACUACCCCUACACCGGCACUGAUGGCAGCUGCAACUCCAACAAGGAGUCCAAAUCUGCCGCAUCCAUCACAGGUUAUGAGGACGUGCCGGCUAACGACGAAGCGUCAUUGCAGAAGGCGGUGGCGGCGCAGCCUGUGUCCAUUGCACUCGACGGAGGGGACAACCUCUUCCGGUUCUACAAGGGCGGCAUACUCUCAGGCGAUUGCGGGACUGAGCUCGACCACGGCAUUGUGGCGGUCGGCUACGGCGUGGCUGGGGACGGGACAAAGUACUGGGUGAUGAAGAACUCGUGGGGCACGACUUGGGGCGAGAAAGGGUUCAUCAGGAUGGAGAGGGACAUUGCUGACGAGCAAGGCCUGUGCGGACUCGCCAUGCAGCCUUCCUACCCGACAGCGUAG